GUGUUGUAUAAGGUAUACAUGUCCUUCGUGGAGGUGGGCCCUGAGAAUGUUCAGACAGCUGACUAUUUCAAAGGAGUGGGUGAGGAUGUGUUCUUCUAGUUCCUGAGAAUGUUCAGACAGCUGACUAUUUCAAAGGAGUGGGUGAGGAUGUGUUCUUCUAGUUCCUGAGAAUGUUCAGACAGCUGACUAUUUCAAAGGAGUGGGUAUACAAUAUGCUCUGCAUGGCCACUGAUUUCCUAUCUCUGAACCUAAAGACUCUCCCCCUCCCUGUGUUCCCCCUCCUCUUCCCCCUCUCCUCUUCCUCCCUGUCUCCCCCUCACCGUUCCUCCUCCUCCUCUUUCUCCGCAUCUUCGUCGUCGUCCUCCUCUUCCUCCUCAGCCUCAUUCCUCAUCGUCAGUAUUGGGGGGACCAUGGUGGGGCUGAUCUUUGCUGCUCUCCUAGCCUUCAUCACACGUUUCACCAAGAAGGUCCGCAUCAUUGAGCCUCUCUUGGUCUUCCUCAUGGUCUACCUGGCCUACCUCACCGCUGAACUCUUCUCCCUGUCCGCCAUCUUGUCGUGAGUACAUCUUUAGUAUUUGUUAAGGAAAUCACCACGUAAAAUGUGAUGGUCUGCACUAUAAAGGAUGUUGCAUAAAGCUUACUUCAUUUGGCAAUGUAUUUUAUAUUCUGCUGUCAUUGGGGGGGAGGGGGAUGUGUGUGUGUGUGUGUGUGUGUGUGUGUGUGUGUGUGUGUGUGUGUGUGUGGGUGUGGGUGUGUGUGGAUGUGUGUGUGUACUUACUCUGUUGUCUCCUCAGCACCAGAUCACCAUUGUAGUUUAGUCUCUUCUAAGUCCAAACUUUUCUGCCCUGGCUGGCUGCAACUCAACCACUCUCUGUUUUCUGGCUACCUCAAAAUCAUUAGAUUAGAUUAGGGUUUCUGAUCAUUACAGCUGGAUUGGACCAUGAGGUUUCUGAGUCCUGGUUCUCCGCACGUCUCCCGGAGUGUUGCACUCGAUUGAAUAUUACAAUGGUGGAAACUCCCACCAGCCAGCGAUUACACCAGUCCUACGCUUUUAAAUCCAUGACAGGCAGUGUGCAAGUGUACACUUCUAGAAAAGGGUAGAGAAUUGGGAUGUAGCCCAUGUGCCGAGUCAUGCUGCCCGCUGGGAUAAAGCAUUUCAAGGUCGGAUGAAAAGUCUAUUAAGAUGUAGUUUUAAUAAUAAUAAUAAUAUGCCAUUUAGCAGACGCUUUUAUCCAAAGCGACUUACAGUCAUGCGUGCAUACAUUUUUUUGUGUAUGGGUGGUCCCGGGGAUCGAACCCCACUACCUUGGCGUAACAAGCGCCGUGGCUCUACCAGCUGAGCUACAGAGGACCAUAUAUAUUCCCCUGAAUAGAGGCUUGAGGUCUCAGGUUAGCACUGAAAGGUUGUUGGUGCUCUCCUGUGCUCUCCUGUCCGCUGAAGGUAGCCCAUUUUUUCACCGAAAAGGCUUGAAUUAGAGAGAUGCUCGCUCUCAAUAUCUGCAUGUUCCAGUUCGGUCAACACAUCCAUGGCAAAACCAAGACAUUGCAUAUAUUAGGAUCUGACUCUGUCCCCAAGAGAGAUAUCUAUAUGAUAUGAAUGUCCUAAUCCCAUUUCUAUGGUAAAUCCCCUUUCUGUGUCCCUGUUGUCCCUAAUGUUGUGUGAGUCAUGCUGUACAGCCAGGUCAAUUAGAAGGUAAUAUCCAUGUUAAUAUCAUGCUGUACAGCCAGGUCAAUUAGAAGGUAAUAUCCAUGUUAAUAUCAUGCUGUACAGCCAGGUCAACUAGAAGGUAAUAUCCAUGUUAAUAUCAUGAUGUACAGCCAGGUCAAUUAGAAGGUAAUAUCCAUGUUAAUAUCAUGCUGUACAGCCAGGUCAAUUAGAAGGUAAUAUCCAUGGUAAUAUCAUGCUGUACAGCCAGGUCAAUUAGAAGGUAAUAUCCAUGUUAAUAUCAUGCUGUACAGCCAGGUCAAUUAGAAGGUAAUAUCCAUGUUAAUAUCAUGCUGUACAGCCAGGUCAAUUAGAAGGUAAUAUCCAUGUUAAUAUCAUGCUGUACAGCCAGGUCAAUUAGAAGGUAAUAUCCAUGUUAAUAUCAUGCUGUACAGCCAGGUCAAUUAGAAGGUAAUAUCCAUGUUAAUAUCAUGAUGUACAGCCAGGUCAAUUAGAAGGUAAUAUCCAUGGUAAUAUCAUGCUGUACAGCCAGGUCAAUUAGAAGGUAAUAUCCAUGUUAAAAUCAUGAUGUACAGCCAGGUCAAUUAGAAGGUAAUAUCCAUGGUAAUAUCAUGCUGUACAGCCAGGUCAAUUAGAAGGUAAUAUCCAUGUUAAUAUCAUGCUGUACAGCCAGGUCAAUUAGAAGGUAAUAUCCAUGUUAAUAUCAUGCUGUACAGCCAGGUCAAUUAGAAGGUAAUAUCCAUGUUAAUAUCAUGCUGUACAGCCAGGUCAAUUAGAAGGUAAUAUCCAUGGUAAUAUCAUGCUGUACAGCCAGGUCAAUUAGAAGGUAAUAUCCAUGUUAAUAUCAUGAUGUACAGCCAGGUCAAUUAGAAGGUAAUAUCCAUGGUAAUAUCAUGCUGUACAGCCAGGUCAAUUAGAAGGUAAUAUCCAUGUUAAUAUCAUGCUGUACAGCCAGGUCAAUUAGAAGGUAAUAUCCAUGUUAAUAUCAUGCUGUACAGCCAGGUCAAUUAGAAGGUAAUAUCCAUGUUAAUAUCAUGCUGUACAGCCAGGUAAAUUAGAAGGUAAUAUCCAUGUUAAUAUCAUGCUGUACAGCCAGGUAAAUUAGAAGGUAAUAUCCAUGUUAAUAUCAUGCUGUACAGCCAGGUCAAUUACAAGGUAAUAUCCAUGUUAAUAUCAUGCUGUACAGCCAGGUCAAUUAGAAGGUAAUAUCCAUGUUAAUAUCAUGCUGUACAGCCAGGUCAAUUAGAAGGUAAUAUCCAUGUUAAUAUCAUGCUGUACAGCCAGGUCAAUUACAAGGUAAUAUCCAUGUUAAUAUCAUGCUGUACAGCCAGGUCAAUUAGAAGGUAAUAUCCAUGUUAAUAUCAGGCUGUACAGCCAGGUCAAUUAGAAGGUAAUAUCCAUGUUAAUAUCAUGCUGUACAGCCAGGUCAAUUAGAAGGUAAUAUCCAUGUUAAUAUCAUGAUGUACAGCCAGGUCAAUUAGAAGGUAAUAUCCAUGUUAAUAUCAUGCUGUACAGCCAGGUAAAUUAGAAGGUAAUAUCCAUGGUAAUAUCAUGCUGUACAGCCAGGUAAAUUAGAAGGAUAUCCAUGUUAAUAUCAUGCUGUACAGCCAGGUCAAUUAGAAGGUAAUAUCCAUGUUAAUAUCAUGCUGUACAGCCAGGUCAAUUAGAAGGUAAUAUCCAUGUUAAUAUCAUGAUGUACAGCCAGGUCAAUUAGAAGGUAAUAUCCAUGUUAAUAUCAUGCUGUACAGCCAGGUCAAUUAGAAGGUAAUAUCCAUGUUAAUAUCAUGCUGUACAGCCAGGUCAAUUAGAAGGUAAUAUCCAUGUUAAUAUCAUGCUGUACAGCCAGGUCAAUUAGAAGGUAAUAUCCAUGUUAAUAUCAUGCUGUACAGCCAGGUCAAUUAGAAGGUAAUAUCCAUGUUAAUAUCAUGCUGUAGUGGCAGGUCAAUUAGAAGGUAAUCCAUGUUAAUCAUGCUGUACAGCCAGGUCAAUUAGAAGGUAAUAUCCAUGUAAUCAUGCUGUACAGCCAGGUCAAUUAGAAGGUAAUAUCCAUGUUAAUAUCAUGAUGUACAGCCAGGUCAAUUAGAAGGUAAUAUCCAUGUUAAUAUCAUGAUGUACAGCCAGGUCAAUUAGAAGGUAAUAUCCAUGUUAAUAUCAUGCUGUACAGCCAGGUCAAUUAGAAGGUAAUAUCCAUGUUAAUAUCAUGCUGUACAGCCAGGUCAAUUAGAAGGUAUUAUCCAUGUUAAUAUCAUGCUGUACAGCCAGGUCAAUUAGAAGGUAAUAUCCAUGUUAAUAUCAUGCUGUACAGCCAGGUCAAUUAGAAGGUAAUAUCCAUGUUAAUAUCAUGCUGUACAGCCAGGUCAAUUAGAGGGUAAUAUCCAUGUUAAUAUCAUGCUGUACAGCCAGGUCAAUUAGAAGGUAAUAUCCAUGUUAAUAUCAUGCUGUACAGCCAGGUCAAUUAGAAGGUAAUAUCCAUGUUAAUAUCAUACUGUACAGCCAGGUCAAUUAGAAGGUAAUAUCCAUGUUAAUAUCAUUAAUAUCAUGCUGUACAGCCAGGUCAAUUAGAAGGUAAUAUCCAUGUUAAUAUCAUACUGUACAGCCAGGUCAACUAGAAGGUAAUAUCCAUGUUAAUAUCAUGCUGUACAGCCAGGUCAAUUAGAAGGUAAUAUCCAUGUUAAUAUCAUGCUGUACAGCCAGGUCAAUUAGAAGGUAUAUCCAUGUUAAUAUCAUGAUGUACAGCCAGGUCAAUUAGAAGGUAAUAUCCAUGUUAAUAUCAUCUGUACAGCCAGGUCAAUUAGAAGGUAAUAUCCAUGUUAAUAUCAUGCUGUACAGCCAGGUCAAUUAGAAGGUAAUAUCCAUGUUAAUAUCAUGCUGUACAGCCAGGUCAAUUAGAAGGUAAUAUCCAUGUUAAUAUCAUGCUGUACAGCCAGGUCAAUUAGAAGGUAAUAUCCAUGUUAAUAUCAUGCUGUACAGCCAGGUCAAUUAGAAGGUAAUAUCCAUGUUAAUAUCAUACUGUACAGCCAGGUCAAUUAGAAGGUAAUAUCCAUGUUAAUAUCAUGAUGUACAGCCAGGUCAAUUAGAAGGUAAUAUCCAUGUUAAUAUCAUGCUGUACAGCCAGGUCAAUUAGAAGGUAAUAUCCAUGUUAAUAUCAUGCUGUACAGCCAGGUCAAUUAGAAGGUAAUAUCCAUGUUAAUAUCAUGCUGUACAGCCAGGUCAAUUAGAAGGUAAUAUCCAUGUUAAUAUCAUGCUGUACAGCCAGGUCAAUUAGAAGGUAAUAUCCAUGUUAAUAUCAUGCUGUACAGCCAGGUCAAUUAGAAGGUAAUAUCCAUGUUAAUAUCAUGCUGUACAGCCAGGUCAAUUAGAAGGUAAUAUCCAUGUUAAUAUCAUGCUGUACAGCCAGGUCAAUUAGAAGGUAAUAUCCAUGUUAAUAUCAUACUGUACAGCCAGGUCAAUUAGAAGAUAAUAUCCAUGUUAAUAUCAUCCUUUACAGCCAGGUCAAUUAGAAGGUAAUAUCCAUGUUAAUAUCAUGCUGUACAGCCAGGUCAAUUAGAAGGUAAUAUCCAUGGUAAUAUCAUGCUGUACAGCCAGGUCAAUUAGAAGGUAAUAUCCAUGGUAAUAUCAUGCUGUACAGCCAGGUCAAUUAGAGGGUAAUAUCCAUGUUAAUAUCAUGCUGUACAGCCAGGUCAUUAGAAGGUAAUAUCCAUGUUAAUAUCAUGCUGUACAGCCAGGUCAAUUAGAAGGUAAUAUCCAUGGUAAUAUCAUGCUGUACAGCCAGGUCAAUUAGAAGGUAAUAUCCAUGGUAAUAUCAUGAUGUACAGCCCGGUCAAUUAGAAGGUAAUAUCCAUGUUAAUAUCAUGCUGUACAGCCAGGUCAAUUAGAAGGUAAUAUCCAUGGUAAUAUCAUGCUGUAGUGGCAGGUAAAUUAGAAGGUAAUAUCCAUGUUAAUAUCAUGCUGUACAGCCAGGUCAAUUAGAAGGUAAUAUCCAUGUUAAUAUCAUGCUGUACAGCCAGGUCAAUUAGAAGGUAAUAUCCAUGUUAAUAUCAUGCUGUACAGCCAGGUCAAUUAGAAGGUAAUAUCCAUGUUAAUAUCAUGCUGUACAGCCAGGUCAAUUAGAAGGUAUCCAUGUUAAUAUCAUGCUGUACAGCCAGGUCAAUUAGAAGGUAAUAUCCAUGUUAAUAUCAUACUGUACAGCCAGGUCAAUUAGAAGAUAUAUCCAUGUUAAUAUCAUCCUUUACAGCCAGGUCCAAUUAGAAGUAAUAUCCAUGUUAAUAUUACAGGUGAUGUACAGCCAGGUCAAUUAGAAGGUAAUAUCCAUGUUAAUAUCAUGCUGUACAGCCAGGUCAAUUAGAAGGUAAUAUCCAUGUUAAUAUCAUGCUGUACAGCCAGGUCAAUUAGAAGGUAAUAUCCAUGGUAAUAUCAUGCUGUACAGCCAGGUCAAUUAGAAGGUAAUAUCCAUGGUAAUAUCAUGCUGUACAGCCAGGUCAAUUAGAAGGUAAUAUCCAUGUUAAUAUCAUGCUGUACAGCCAGGUCAAUUAGAAGGUAUAUCCAUGUUAAUAUCAUGAUGUACAGCCCGGUCAAUUAGAAGGUAAUAUCCAUGUUAAUAUCAUGCUGUACAGCCAGGUCAAUUAGAAGGUAAUAUCCAUGGUAAUAUCAUGCUGUAGUGGCAGGUAAAUUAGAAGGUAAUAUCCAUGAUAAUAUCAUGCUGUACAGCCAGGUCAAUUAGAAGGUAAUAUCCAUGUUAAUAUCAUGAUGUACAGCCAGGUAAAUUAGAAGGUAAUAUCCAUGGUAAUAUCAUGCUGUACAGCCAGGUCAAUUAGAAGGUAAUAUCCAUGUUAAUAUCAUGCUAUACAGCCAGGUCAAUUAGAAGGUAAUAUCCAUGUUAAUAUCAUGCUGUACAGCCAGGUCAAUUAGAAGGUAAUAUCCAUGGUAAUAUCAUGCUGUACAGCCAGGUCAAUUAGAAGGUAAUAUCCAUGUUAAUAUCAUGCUGUACAGCCAGGUCAAUUAGAGGGUAAUAUCCAUGUUAAUAUCAUGCUGUACAGCCAGGUCAAUUAGAAGGUAAUAUCCAUGUUAAUAUCAUGCUGUACAGCCAGGUCAAUUAGAAGGUAAUAUCCAUGGUAAUAUCAUGCUGUACAGCCAGGUCAAUUAGAAGGUAAUAUCCAUGGUAAUAUCAUGCUGUACAGCCAGGUCAAUUAGAAGGUAAUAUCCAUGGUAAUAUAAUAAUAUAUAAUAAUAAUAAUAAUAUGCCAUUUAGCAGACGCUUUUAUCCAAAGCGACUUACAGUCAUGCGUGCAUAAUUUUUUUUUUUUUGUGUAUGGGUGGUCCCGGGGAUCGAACCCACUACCUUGGCGUUACAAGCGCCGUGCUCUACCAGCUGAGCUACAGAGGACCACUGGGGCUGCCUUCCUAAUAUCAUACUGUAGAACAAAACGGAGAGACAGAGCGAGAGGUUAGUGCAGUUGUUCCAAAACUUGGGGUCGGGCCCAAUGUGGGGUCCUCUGUGAGAACUUUUUUUUUAAAUGAUAUAUUUCAAUAUGAACAUCUCCACAGGACCUGUCUUCCCUAUAGGUCUACAUUAAAAUACAACCACUGUAUGUUUCAAUAUGAACAUCUCCACAUGACCGGUCUUCCCUAUAGGUCUACAUUAAAAUACAACCACUGUACGUUUCAAUAUGAACAUCUCCACAUGACCGGUCUUCCCUAUAGGUCUACAUUAAAAUACAACCACUGUAUGUUUCAAUAUGAACAUCUCCACAGGACCUAUCUUCCCUAUAGGUCUACAUUAAAAUACAACCACUGUAUGUUUCAAUAUGAACAUCUCCACAGGACCUAUCUUCCCUAUAGACCUACAUUAAAAUACAACCACUGUAUGUUUCAAUAUGAACAUCUCCACAGGACCUAUCUUCCCUAUAGGUCUACAUUAAAAUACAACCAACAUGCAAACAAUACAGUUCUAAAAAUGUAAUAGGUUUUUGUUUCAUCGCUGAUGCUACGUGUCAGUGUGAAUCAUUUCUCAUAGUUCCCCCCUUUAUAACAUUACAGCUGUAUAGCUAGUAGGCUUCUCUGUUUGUAGAUGGACUGCAGUGAAUUAACCUACAGCAGCCAAGGUGAUAAUGUCUGGGGGCAUUUUGGCUUGUUUUGCUGUUCUCCAAAUAGCAUUUGAAUUUUUUUUUUAAUUGUAUAGAAAUGCAGUAAAUGUGCUUCAACUUUCAAAAAAUGACCUCCUCCCUCUUCCGGACCUCAAAACAGGAACCCUGGUUACGACCCUUCUCCUCUCCUCCUCCUCUCUCUCUCUCCACCUUCAGAAUGACGUUCUGUGGUAUCGGCUGCAACAAGUACGUGGAGGCCAACAUAUCCCAGAAGUCUCGUACCACGGUGAAGUACACGAUGAAGACCCUGGCCAGCAUCGCUGAGACCAUCAUCUUCAUCUUCCUGGGCAUCUCAGCCGUGGACAAGUCCAAGUGGGCCUGGGACACCGGACUCAUCUCCUGCACACUGAUCUUCAUCUUCGUCUUCAGGGCCAUGGGUAGGGGCUGCCUUCCUAUACAUCCAUACUGUCCACAGCAUUGGGCCAUGGGUAGGGGCUGCCUUCCUAUACAUCCAUACUGUCCACAGCAUUGGGCCAUGGGUAGGGGCUGCCUUCCUAUACAUCCAUACUGUCCACAGCAUUGGGCCAUGGGUAGGGGCUGCCUUCCUAUACAUCCAUACUGUCCACAGCAUUGGGCCAUGGGUAGGGGCUAUACAUCCAUACUGUCCACAGCAUUGGGCCAUGGGUAGGGGCUGCCUUCCUAUACAUCCUCAAGGUGAAUAUCGAUAUAUUCUACUAUGGAUCAAUGAUUGCGGCCCGUGGGUAAGUGGGGACCUACACACACCACAAAGAAAGGAGCACUCAUCUCUCCUUGCUGUGGAUUUAUUGGACCUGGUCUGAAGAGCCUUUUCGUCAUGGUGCUUGCUCUACACGCAGAUACUGAACAUAGUCUUGAGGAUCCAGUGUGUAUCAGUGAUUGGGCUCGCUAUAAAACCUUUAAUGCCAAACAGAGUUGGAUGAUAAAAUAAUAACUUUUUCAACGAACUCCAAAAGUGGCAGAAUAUCUCUUGCCGUUAUCAAUAAUCAAAGAUGGUACUCCGUACUCAAUGAUGAGUCUGAGAAUGUAUUGGCAUGACUUCAUUUUAUAUUGUGAUGAAAUAAGUGACAUACUGUAGCUGAUCAAUUCUCUUGUCUCUGAUCUCUUUCAGGUGUGGUCAUGCAGACCUGGGUGUUGAACUGGUUCCGCCUCGUCCCAUUGGACAAGAUCGACCAGGUGGUGAUGUCGUAUGGUGGCCUGCGAGGGGCGGUGGCGUUCGCCUUGGUGGUGCUGCUGGACGCAGAACGGGUCCCUGCUAAAGACUACUUCGUGGCCACAACCAUCAUAGUGGUCUUCUUCACUGUCAUGUUCCAGGUAAAGUAUUUACUAAGAUGUUGUAUACUAGAGAUAUUUUAGUCCAGAAAAUAAAAUAG